GGGCCUGUAUAAUUCUGGAACACCCCGUUACCCUGGCGACAGGAAUAGCCGUCUCCUUAGUGAUACAAACAAUGUAACAGUGGAACUGUGGGUCACGUGCUCGGGCAGUGUGUAUGUGCAGAAUCCAUGCCCAUCUCUUUCACCAAAGAUUACAAAGUAACAGCAGACAUUCAACUCCGUCGUAAAGCAACAUGUCUACCGUGUCCCUAGAACGUUCCAUGGGCUCCCGGGAGACUUCGCUGUCGGCUGCGGGAUCCAGAGGCCUCCGAUCCACUUCCCAUCUUUCUGCCACACGUUCUGUUUUGAACUCGGCCAAAACUGAUGUCAAUGCAAAAUCCACAGGUUCAGCUGGUGUAAAGAAGAAGAGCCAAGUGGACCAAAAUCCUUUCAAAAUUCCUCCAGAUGUAGAUUUUUUCCUUCUUAGAGACCAAGAGAAAGUAAAGAAAGAAAAGGAGAAGGAGCGCAAUAAGAACCUGAAAGUCCAUGAGAAAACAACGUAUACAACAAGAAUGAAUGCAAAGCUGGCCGGGUUGCGCAAAGCAAUAGAGAAGGAGGAGGCAGAGGAAAGUGCAGAGAGAGACCAGAAAGCCGUAGUGGUACCAGAAAAUCCUUCAUGGAAACUGGCAGUUACAAGAGAUGGACUGGCACAAAAGGAAAGUCUGCACGAGUAUAUUAAUAAGAAGCGAGAGAUGUUCCUCCUAGAGUAUGCCCUCAUAGUAAAAAGAGAUGAAAUCCAGAAGCUGGAGAACAUGGCCGCAGCAGAAGAGAUGAAGCUAGAGAAGGCUGAACAGUAUUUGGAGGAAGAUGCCAUGAGGUUCGAUGAAUUUUUGAAACAGAACGACCGGAACUCUGUGGAAGCCUUAAAGCUGGCUGACAAGGAAACCAAGGCAAAAAUGGAGAAAGUUGCACAAAUCAAAAGUCAAACUGCGCUGAUGAUGAAUACAAAAAGUGACAUUUCCAAAUGUGAAGAGAUCCUAAGGGAAUAUCUGAUGUACAAAGAGUUCCUCUACAAACUGUCCCCCAAUGAAUGGAGAGAAGAGAUGGCAAAAAAGAAUGCAGAGAGAAAGAAACCACCUGCUACUCCUUUGCCUGUGGAAAAGGAGAAAAGGGGCUCCAUGGCUAAAGUGUCCAUGUCUCCUGAUAUGACAAAGAAGUCAGAGAGCAGAUUGUCGGUACAUGGCAUACAGAGCAGAGACUCCACUAGAGAUGGCCGCCGACUCUCCAGGCAAAGCAUUAAAGGACCAGCUAUUAAAAAGAUGAGUAUCGCAGCACAAGCAGAAGACGAGAAGGACACCACAGAAAGCCUGAUAUCCUCAGACAGUGAAGAGGAGGCCGAGCUGUAUUUCACUGAUCCACAACAGCUGCUGGACAUUUUCUCCGAGCUUGAGGAGCAAAACCUUUCUUUGAUUCAAAACUCACAGGAGACAGAAGAGUCCCUCGAGGAGAUCAAGCAAAGUAUCACCAGUACGCAGGAUAAAAUGGAGAAGGAGACGCAGCAGUUAAAAGAUCACAUUGACCAGCUGAAGGCUUCUAUUGCCAAAGAGGAGGAGAGGGCAGCUGAGCUGGAGCUGAAGUCUCGAGUCUUUGCUUUUGGGCAGUACAAAUCUGAAGAUCAGGAAAAGAUGCUGGCAGUGCUGGGAGAAAAGGUUGAGGAAGUGUACAGAGCGUGUAUUGGGGAGAAUCGUUCAAACUUUAAUGUCCUACAAAUGUUGAUGGCUAUAGAGCAUCAGCUGGAGGAACUACUGGACAACAUUGAGAUGAUCCCUCAGAAGAGGCUGGAAAUUGCAGAGAAAGCCAAAGAAAAGGAGAGGAGGCUAAGGUUAAGAGAGGAGAAAAUUAAGCAGCAGAAGCAACAUCAGGAGGAACGCUUGCGUAAAGCUCUGGAAAGAGCCCAAGCCGAUCCCAAGAAAACAACUGGCCGGAAGCUCAUGUCUCGCUCAGACCCUCCAGCGCCCAAGCUCAGAAUAGACAAGGACCAGGACAAGAUUGACAAAGAGAAGGAGGAAGCGUUGCUGUUUUUCAGUUAGCCACCUCUCCGUUUAUUGUUACGUGGAGUGAAAAUGUGACUUCAACAUUAUUAGUUACAUUAUUGUUAGUUAAAUUUUUUAAACCACUGGGAAUGGCAGGCAUGGGAAUUAGGGAUUUGUUAGGCAGAUAUACUCCUCCACUACACGUACAGUUGAAUGUCUGUGCCAGCCUAAAGGGAGGUAGAGAAAUGAUCUGUACAAGUGAGACAAUCAUGAUUUGCUUUCAGUCUGUGGAAUCGGGUGUCCAUGUAAAAAAAUUCUAUUUUCUUUUCUCUUUCUGGCAGUUCAGAUAUUGUUCAUGUAACUUUUCUACAUGGUAAACUGAACUGAAUGAGCUCAUGUUCAAAAAGGGGCUAUGUUCUGCCUGUAAAUGACAAGGAAAGUCAUAGUUCUGAGUUGUUAAACCCCACCCCAAAAAUAUAAUCACUUAUCUCGGA